AUGCCCGAGACUCUGGGAAAGAGACGUGAAAUUGCGGACUCUCAGUCACCUUCUACCUCUUCAAUGGCCACUGUUGAUACCACACAGACGUCACCUCAUCAGCGUCCUAAUCGUGACAAAAAGUCUCCACCUAAACCUGGUCGCGGUCGACAACAGAAGUCACCAUCUCAAAGACAGGAAAAUGAGUUGCCUAUAAUUCUACAAACUACGAAUCCAGAAAAAGAGAGAUCAUUGGUCCAAGGUCCUAUGGAGAGGGUUACUGAGAAUAGUGACGAGGUAGAUGGUGCAACACGUCAGAACACACUUUCUCCUUCUCCGAUCUCAACGGAUCUACAGCCCCAGGGCAAGUUUCUAAUGCUCAGCGAUCUUUGUGAUAAACUUCAAAUUCUAGUGGUUGAGGACAAUAGGCUUCGGAAGGCAACUGUCUUUACCUACACAGAACAAAAUCAAGAAAACGAUUCCACUUCAUCUUCAAUCACCAGUAUAAACAAUCCCUACAGCCGUAUCUGGCGUAUCCAUCUAAGUCCCUUGGAUGAUUCCGAUGAAUCAAAGCGUCGGCGAUGCACCGAAGAGGAUUUUCAGGCCUGGGCACUUCUUCAAAAGGCCGUCUUGUAUGUAAUCCCCAAAUCUCCCGACCACCUUGUCCCUGGAACUCGUGUCUGUGCUAUUUGGAGUGCCACACUUGGCAAUGUCUACUUUCCUGGACGAAUUACUGAUUCUCCACCUAUAAAGUCGAAUAAUAAUGAUGAAAUCACAUUUCCAAUCCAAUUUGAUGAUGGCGAUAGGGCGCUAGUGCCCUUCAAGAACAUUCUCCUUCUUCCCAAUGAUUACAAAAAUCCUAAAGGACCAUGCCCACUUCCAAGUGGAAGACGACGUUUGCGAAGCCCCUUUAUGCCAUCAGAUUCCAUCUCAAACUUUUCUGCUUCAAGUUUCGGUAGAAAUUCCAAAAUCGGAAGUGUUGCAGGAAGGACCGAAAUGACUCAUCUAAUGCCCAGUGGUGGAAGCGGCGAUAAACCUGAUAUCAAUGUGCCAAUCAAAUCGUCAAAUCCAAAGGUUGUUUGGACAUCGAUUGGAGAGCCACUUGAAACCCGUUCCAAAGGAAUGGCUUGCUACAAGGCAUUUCAACGCAAUGUCGACAAUCUUGUCGUUAGAUUAAAUGAUACGGUGACUUUUAUGACAGCUCAUAGCUCUGAGAUCUAUCUUGGGAGGAUAAAUAAGAUUUACUCAACAAAAAGAAAUAUUUUCAAAGUAACUGCUCACUGGUUAUAUACCCCUGGUGAGAUGGGUAAAGCAGGCAAAAUUGUGGCAAACCAUGAAGGCGCUGUCUUCGUUUCCAACCACUUUGAUGACAACGAAGCAUGCUGCAUUAGCGGUCCAGUUCGAGUAGCGAACUCAUACUCUGAAUUCCUUGCAGCAACAGCAAGACGAAAGCGUCGAAAAAUCAGCACUGCUUUAUCUUCUAGUAAAACCGGAUCAACUAGUGCAAGCACAAAAAAACGAAGACGUCUGACGAUCCUGGAUGAUAGUGAUAAUAGUGACAGAGGCUCUUCGAGCGAAGAGUCUAACGACGAAGAUAUUCCUCGGUACUUUAUAGCAGGCGAAUAUGAUUUUAAGGAGUGCCGUGUCGUGUCCUGGGAUAAAGAUCUCGCUAAGGAGUUGCAUUUACCCGUUUCGAAUAAUCCCUCUUAA